AUGACGGCAGCAGCCUCAACUGCAGGGGGAACCGGGCCGCACAUUACAGGACGCUCCACAGCCCCCCCAGCACCGAGCUCAGCCGAAACACCCAGCGAAGGCGCAGGGCCAGAUGCAGCAGCAGGAGACAAGGAAGACGAAGACGUCGACGACACGCAGAGACUAUCUGGAAGACCCCCGGGAGCAGCUGUGACAGCGACAGGGGCAGGAAGAUCAGCCGAUGGCACCGGAACACCCGGAGGAGGAGCCGCACCAUCAGGAGGACUGCUGGGCGACGCAGGGGAAGCCGCAGCAGCCAACGGGACGUCAACAUCCUCGCCCACGGAAUCCACCCCAACAGGGAGCGAUCUUAAUGAAUCCUACUUCCUGGAAGUUUAA